ACCAAAAAUGGAAAAGACCAAAUUUGAUAUGGCAAUGGAAUUCAUUGAAGGAGCUAAGGAAAUUACGGACCGUUAUGCCGACAUGGUAUUCAAAGUUCUUGGUCUGGCGGAAGAAGCCAUGCGGGAUACACGAGGGGUCCGGGGCCAAGAACAGGAGUCGCAGGCUCUUGUUCCGGUGGCAACACCACCACUGGUUGUGGUUGAUCCGGCACUGCCUGCUCAGCAACAAGUAGUGAUGGUGUUGCCACCAGAGCCAGAACCGGCGCUGGUUCAACAAGAACCAUUGGUUCCUCUGCCCCUUGAACCAAAAGCAGAGCCAGUGGUUUUUGUUGAACCAGCGCCGGUAGCGGAAAUAGCUCCUGCGACGGCAAGGAACAGGUGCUCCUCAGCGGUACAGGGGGAAACUAUACUCUCGCGAGUAUGGUUUCCCCACGGUAAAAUGCGCGUCUGUACGCUGUGUGCCAAUCGAUUUACAUCUAUUGGCAAAAUCAUGGCACACCGCACAGACUGCGCUGAACGGAACAGAACAAAUUGCACUAAGUGCAAUUUGUUUCGUUGUUCCAAUUACCGUGGCUUGUCGAACCACAAACGAAGUUGUGGGGCUCACAAGAUCCUGGACUUGCGUAUACGGCAGAAGCGGGUGGAGUUGGCAGGGUCUCAAGAGGUGGCCAAUACAAUGGAUUGGCCAGCGUAUGCCAGAAGGUAUUACGCAACUUAUGAGAUCACGCCAACUUCGCUUGUGAUGCAGCGGGCAACACCUGUUCCUGAUACGCCGGAGGACCUCUUUGAGGACAUGCUGAGGAAUACGGAGCCUCACCCGCCAGGCCAACGGCGUUAAGCACAUCACAUACGCCAAGCUAAUAGGAGGGCAGAACCUGAGGCGGAGGACACUGGCGGCUCAGUCUAUGCACGACUAGAGAAACUUCCUUCCUUAUAUGAGCAUCCAUCCCAACUCAAUCGACGGUCCCCCCACAUUUCUCGCGGCGUCGUCGCCGUCAAGCAGGCACAAAUCAUCACCAACAAUCACCUGGUCUGCUUCGUCUCAGUAAGGCGUCAUCACUGCUGCGAUCAAUUGAUAGUGCUACAAGAACGUUCCAUUACCUUCUGGAACUACUCCCAACUCUUUAAUGUCUUAAGCACGCCAGCUACUACAACAAUCCUUAUUAUUGCUUACAUCUAGAUGCUGUCAAUUGUGAAUGGAGCAAUGUGAUCUACACCAGCAUUGCAGAAUCACGUUACUUUGUGAUGGCUCAUCAAGCCGAAAUGAUGAUGUCUCACGCAUAACCAUUUGGGAUCAUCGCAGCAGCGAUACUUUAAUUAACUACGACUUGAAUAUGCCCCUGGGUCGUAAUCUUGGAGCAAUGAAAUAGAUCAAAGCAGCAUAUUGAUUCUCUAUCUGCAUGUACAUAGUCUGCCAUCGCCACAUUUCGAUCACAUUGUAGUGUCUGUCAAUCUUAAAAAUUUGAUACAUACGUACAUAUAUGUAAAAAAUUAGUUCUCGAACUUUUUCCAUUUGACCGUUUGUAAUUGUAGUUGAUACCUUGAUUAGGCUAGCUAUGCAUAUUACACAAAAUGAUAUUUAUAUAGAAUGAGAAUUUUGUAACUGCCGGUCGAUAAAAGGGGGUAACUAAUAUAAAAUAGUUAGAAAGAAGCAUUGUAAUAGUAAUACUAACAUAUAUAAUUGUCGAUAAUGUAAUUAUGCAAAACAAAA